AAAAUGUAGGAGAGAGAGAGGGAGAGAGAGCGAGAGAAAGGCAAAGACUAGGAGUGACAGAGAAGAGCAAACUAAACAACACAGUUUAAUGCAAAUAUUGCCCCCCGGGGAAAGCAACGUGCAACAGGAAAAAAUGCAGAUUCAGUCGAAUAUCUUGGGUGUUCCAUACGGAACAAUAGGUUCCGUUAUAAUAGGCUCUGAAUAAAAUAAAGAAAGACUUUUUGCACUGCCUGGUUUCAAACAAAUGCAGCUAUAAAUAUUGCAAAGUGAUGAAUCCUCCAUUUCGUGGAUGCCCCUCAGCUGAGCCCGAUGGAUUCCUCUGUGAACAUUGCUCUGCUCAGCAACUGCUCAGAAGCUGACAACAGCUCAGGGAGAGACUUUAUGCUGGACAUCUUUACCCAGACCCCCGUCUUCAACACAAUAACACACCUCAUAUCAGACAACCAGACUGCAGGAGGUGACCAAAACCAAGAGCAACACGAUGGGAAAGUCGCCCCGACGAGUUUCCUUCUCCAUGGCAUCGCUUUGGCAUCUCAAACGUUGAUCUUUCUGCUCAUCUUUCUGCUCUGCAGCUUUGGAAAUUUGGCAGUUAUUGUUAUCAUCAUCAAGCACAGGCAGUUGAGGACGGUGACGAAUGCCUUUAUUAUGUCCCUUUCUCUGUCAGAUUUUCUGACGGCCAUACUUUGUUUACCUUUUUCUUUUAUCAUGCUGUUCAGCAAGGAUGGACUGUGGAUGUUUGGAGAUGGCUUCUGCGUAGCCAAUGGGUUUUUUAACUCUUGCUUUGGCAUCAUCUCCACCCUGACGAUGACUCUGGUAUCUUUCGACCGCUAUUAUGCCAUAGUGAAACAGCCGCAAAAAAAAAUUGGGAAGAAACAGGCCGCCCAGUUGUUGGUGGCCGUGUGGUUGACAGCGGUAUUUUUUUCGUUUCCAUGGUACUUGAUGGCAAAGACCACAGAUAAGCUGGUAAUUCACAAAAAUGGCUUUUAUCACUGCAUGUAUGUCUUUCAUUCGGGCAGCUCUAGGAUGGGCACUGCAUACAGCAUAACUUUAAUUGUGAUCUGUUACCUUCUGCCUUUUGCCCUCAUGUGCUUUUGCCACUAUAACAUCUGCAAAACUGUGAGGCUGUCAGAGAUCAGGGUGCGACCGGUGACCACUUAUGCCCACCUUCUCCGGUUUUAUAGCGAGAUGAGAACGGCCACAACUGUGCUUAUCAUGAUUGUGUUUAUUAUCUUCUGUUGGGGGCCUUACUGCUUGAUGGGUAUCAUCACGGCUGCCGCUGAUUAUCGUUUUAACCCCGUUAUGGACACUGUGGCUGUAUUAAUGGCGUGGGCAAACGGGGCAAUCAAUCCUCUUAUAUACGUUAUAAGGAACCCCAAUAUCUCAAUGCUUUUGGGGCGCAACCGAGAAGAAGGAUAUAGGACUCGUAACAUUGCGGCUUACCUUUCCACACAAAACCAGAGCAGGGAAGCCAGGAGCCGCGCUGAUAGGAUUAGAGACCGGUAUGCUAACCGACACGGAGCAGGUAGCAGAAUGUCCUCCUCUAGCCCUGCGAACGGAGGGGACGUUACCAUGUGGGCUUGCAAAAACCCUGCGCUGAUGUUCUGUAGGGACGGGCAGCCAGACACCGUGUCCGAACCAGCGAUAGCCAAAUCUGAGACCGCGGAUACUAGCCUAUAACCUUAUUAUCGAGAAUUGAUGCCAGGCCUUGGUGGCACUAAAACACCAGUAAUUCAGACAUAACCGUAGUUUUGGCAAUAUUGCUUAAUAAGAAUGAUGCAUUGUUGCUGCAAACAUAUAUUAUAUCAAAGUCCCACAUUUGAAAUAAAUAACUAAAUAACAGGACCAUUUACUGCAAUACUGGAACUUUUAACGCCGAUUAUGAGAAAGACAGAUAAAGA